ACCAUAGCUCUACAAGUUUGUUAUAUCGCUUGCUUAUGUAAAUUAGGUAGGUCUCAUCACAUUCAUUAGUGUGAUACGCCCAGACGCCUAUGCUUCAGUGGAGCAUAAGCUUAAUAUAGACGACUUAUCGAUAAGGCCAUUGUACGUCAGUUUAUCUGGACCGCCAAAGAGUCGCAACGCUCCAUUAAUUAACUCUAUUAGCUUGAUUCCAUGACCAUGUAACCUAAACGAUUCAUGCUCAAGCUCAGGGAUAUAUUCCGAUUUCGUUUAGGGACCAUUCAUGAGUCUCUUCCCUUGAUACUUCUUACACAAUGAGUCACCAACGCUAUCCGUCGAUAGAUCCCAAGGAACCUCAUUCCGUCUCCUUGAAGGUCCUCAGGCCCUCCCUCGUAGUCCAACACCCCUUACCAACACCUAUCUCCCUACCUGCAUCGGCCCAGCAGGGACCUCCAAUCCCCGCCUCCCUCGCCUACAACACAAACGGCGACACAAACCCAGACCCAUUCCUCCUCGCACCAAUCUUACAGUUGCCGCCUUCUUUCGGCUCCGCAUACGUCGGCGAGACAUUCAGCUGCACGCUCUGCGCCAACCACGAUGUCCCGCUCCCGGGCGAACUCCCCGCAGCCGCGGCGCCACCCGCAGCCAACUUAGCCCCGACGAGCCCAUUACACCCGCCCAAGCGCAAAUUCACCCGCGACGUGCGCAUCGAGGCCGAGAUGAAAACGCCCGGGUCCAGCACGGCGCUGAAAUUGCCCCUGCUGGGUGCCGACGGCAUCGCGGACAGUAACGACACUAAUGACGGCAAAAGUCACAGCCAUAGCCAUAGCAAAGGCACAGACCUCGAGCCCGGCGACACGCUCCAGCGCAUCGUCAACUUCGACCUCAAGGAAGAGGGCAACCACGUGCUCGCCGUGACGGUCAGCUACUACGAAGCGACGGAGACCUCGGGGCGCACGCGCACCUUUAGGAAGCUGUACCAGUUCAUAUGUAAGGGGUCGCUGAUCGUGCGCACCAAAGUCGGCGCGUUGGUGGCGCCGCCGCCGCUGCCGUCGCAGUCGGAUGGGCUGCAGGAGGAGGAGGAGAAGAAGAAGAAAAGGGGACGGGAUAGGAGGAAAUGGGUGAUGGAAGCGCAGCUUGAGAAUUGCAGCGAGGACGUCAUGCAGCUGUCCCGCGUGGGCUUGGAUCUGGAGCCCGGGCUGCGGUACCGGGAUUGCAAUUGGGAGAUUGCGGGCGGUGCGGGGGGGAAGCCGGUGUUGCGUCCGGGGGAGGUUGAGCAGUGCUGCUUUGUGGUGGAGGAGGAGGUGGAGGAGGAGGGGGGGCCGGGGGCGGAUGGGACGAAGUUGGAGAUUGAUGAGGAUGGGAGGAUAGUGUUUGGGGUGUUGGGGAUAAGCUGGCGGAGCGAGAUGGGGAAUAAGGGGUUCUUGUCUACGGGGAAGCUGGGCACGAGGAUUGUCAAGUGAGCGGGUUGGCUGGUUGUCGACGGGAUGUGAACAGACUUGGUACAAAUCCGGGCUUCACUGGUUACAACGAGGAGAGACUACGAUAUUUGGCCGCAACGACCCGUAGGUUCUAGUAUUCGCAUCAGGUGCUACACACACGGGGCAUGACUGGUUAUCAAGGCGAUGUUUACGCGGCUUACGAGGUAUGAAACUAAUGGGUUGAACUACAUCGGGAUCACGACAUGUUUGUGGCAGGAUGGUGUAGGAUAGGCGUGUCAUCGCCAUUCUACCAGCAUGCACCCGAAAGAUUUAUUGCCACUAAUAUCUAUCAUGGUAUAAUCCGGGUCUUUGGGGUUGGGAUGAUCCCGGAAAACCAACAGUCCCCUAUAUUACCUAUCUGAACAUUUUACCCAAUUAACGAUGAAGUAUC